CGCGACGAGUCGCAAAGAGGUGGAAUUCUACAGCAUGGCAACAAUUCCCAGCUUGUCAGAGCCGGGCAGAGGUCGCAGGCACCUCGGGCUGACGACAGGAGCUGUGCUUUUACAGGCAGCCGCAGGAAGCGAGGUUGGACUGAACGAGUAACGGAGUUCUGUGGAGCCUGUCUGAGUCACUGCCCCUGCAUCUCCACUGCUGCCUUCAGACACUGCUCGGGGAGGACACAGGAGGCUGCAGAGAGAGAUCUGCCCUUUCUGGUCACCACCAAGCUCGGAUCUCCUCCCCUGGCCUCUCCCAGUCCUUUGUGCUCACCCAGCUCACCCAUCCAGUGCAGCCUAAACGGAGAGAGGAGCAGCUGGAAACCCUGCUCCGAGCUGCUGCGAGGGCCCAGGGACCAGCGGAGCCAUGAACGUGAGAACCGCGCUCGUGCUCCUGGCCCUGGCUUUAGCCACCGUGUUGGCGCUGGUCUGUGUGCUGCUGAGCAGGGGCAGGGCUCCCGGUGCCUGCCCGCACCGGCCCCCGGCGCAGGAGGACCCCGACGGAGGCCAGAGCCUGGUCUUUGCGGACCUGACCCCCGCCGAGCUGGCCCAGGUGGUGCGGUACCUGCGGGGACACCUCGGGCUGCGGCUGGUGGACGCCGCGCGGGCAAAGCCCUCCGACAACUGCAUCGCCUCCGUGGAGCUGCAGGUGCCGGCCAAGGCAGAGGCGCUGCGGUUCCUGGACGGGGCGGGGGCUCGUCCCCCCCGCGAGGCGCUGGCUGUGCUGUACUUUGGGGAGCAGGCAGAGCCCAACGUCACCGAGUACGUGGUGGGGCCGCUGCCGACGCCGCUGUAUCACCGGGACGUGACGGUGCGCCGGUACGGGGGGAAGGUGCCGUACCACCGCAGACCGACGCUGGCUGUCGAAUACAAGCAGCUGGCCGGGUUUUUAAAGAGCCAAGUGUUCCCCACAGCUCCAUCCUUCAUGCGCCAAGUGAUGGAGUACGAUGGAGGCAGCCUCGCAGCCCUGACGGCCGCUCCUCGUGGGUUCCAGUCUGGAGACCGCAUCACCUGGUUCGCCUUGUUUCAGAACGUGAGCGGGUUCUUCGUGCACCCGGUGGGGCUGGAGGUGCUGGUUGACCACAGCAGCCUGGACGUGUCCCGCUGGGCGGUGAGCAGGGUCUUCUACAACGGGCAGUACUACGGGGACAUGGUGCAGCUGGAGAGCGCCUACGUGCAGGGUCGCAUCAGCGUGGAGAAGGUGAGGAGAGCACCACGGGACGGGGACUUCUCGUCCAUGAAGCCGCGGGCGCCUCGGGCCGCGCCGUUCCCUUUGCAGUACGAGCCGCAGGGUCCCCGCUACAGUGUCAGGAACAACCACGUCCUCUACCAGGCGUGGAGCUUCGCCUUUGGCAUGAGCGUGAGCACGGGCCUGCGCCUGUUUGACAUCCGACACAAGGGGGAGAGGGUUGCCUACGAAAUCAGCGUCCAGGAGGCCAUGUCCGUGUACGGCUCCAACUGCCCCGCAGGGAUGUCCACGAGGUACAUGGACGGCAGCUUCGGCAUCGGGCGCUACACCUCCCCCUUGGUGCGAGGGGUCGACUGCCCCUAUUUCGCAACGUACCUGGAUGUGCACUUUCUGGCCCAUUCUCAGCUCCCUCAAGGCAGUAAAGGUGCCAUCUGCAUCUUUGAGCAGAACCUGGGCUCCCCGCUGAGGCGGCACUACUCCAACCUGCAGUCGCUGUACUACGGGGGACUGGUCAACUCCGCCCUGGUCCUUCGGUCCAUUGCCACCGUGGGCAACUACGACUACGUGUGGGACUUCAUCUUCUACCAGAACGGGGCCAUUGAAGGCAAGGUCCAGGCCACGGGGUACCCGAGCUCAUCCUUCUUCUAUGGGGAUGGCCUGCGGUACGGCAAUAGGGUUUGGGACCGCACGCUGGGUACGCUGCACACCCAUUUCAUCAACUAUAAAGUGGACUUGGACGUGGGAGGUAGGUCUGGGUCUUCCUUUACUGCCUGCCAUUAUCUUGGUAAACCCCAAUGCUCUGGGGGGUUGCCUCCUGUCUGUUGAGCCCCCCAUAAGUAACAUCUGAACUCUGCUUUUCCACUCUCCCCACCUCUUCUUUCACUGCAAAGUCAUUCCUAUGCAUGGAGCAGCCUGCUGAGGUGAUGGAGUUGGAGGC